GGCAGAGAAUGUACACGAAGAAGAAUCCAAAGUUAUGACCGGAAGUGUUUUUUCUGCCUCACGCUGUUGUUGAUGCUGUUCUCACAUUAGCUAUUUCCUCCUUGAAUCUGAAGAUACCAGAGAUGAAAAAACAAGACACCCAGGGCAGUGAGGAUCCAGCAACCGCAGAAGGGAUGGAGACACCUGCAGCUGCACAAGACAACUUAGACAGCCCUAAAGAGUCUGAAGUACAGACACCUCAGACAGAAGCACUUCCUGAGGACACACAGCUACAGACGGACACACCUCAGCUGACGGACACACCUCAGCUGACGGACACACCUCAGCUGACGGACACACCGCCUCAGGACACAUCACCUCAGCUGACGGACACACCUCAGCUGACGGACACACCGCCUCAGACGGACACACCUCAGCUGACGGACACACCGCCUCAGACGGACACACCUCAGCUGAUGGACACACCGCCUCAGACGGACACACCUCAGCUGACAGACACACCGCCUCAGGACACAUCACCUCAGACGGACACACCUCAGCUGACGGACACACCGCCUCAGGACACAUCACCUCAGACGGACACACCUCAGCUGACGGACACACCGCCUCAGAUGGACACACCUCAGCUGACGGACACACCGCCUCAGGACACACCAGCAAAGACAGACACACCGCAAGAGGAUGAGGCAGGAAGUGAAGUUGCCGAGGCGACCCUCUCUCAGAGUGACAUGGCGGAGGCGCUGAGCCGGCAGCUGGAGGACAUCCUCAGCAUCUACUGUCGGGAGAGCCUCUCGGAGGACGGCAGCACCGUGCCCAACGGCCAAUCACACGGCCCGGUGCUCAACGGCCUGACCAGCGAGCGGGGGGGCGGCGGCAAGCCGGAAGGGAAAGUCAACGGAGCCGGUAACGGAGGGGAGAAGGAGCAGAAGAAGCCUCAGGACAAGAAGAAAGUGAAGGGUCUGGGCAAAGAGAUCACUCUGCUCAUGCAGACUCUGAACACCCUGAGCACCCCAGAUGAAAAGCUUGCAGGCCUCUGUAAGAAGUACGCUGAGCUGCUGGAGGAGCACCGUAACACCACGAAGCAGAUGCGGGUGCUGCAGAAGAAGCAGAACCAGGUGGUGCAGGAGAAAGACAACCUGAGGACCGAGCACAGCAAGGCCAUCCUCGCUCGCAGCAAGCUGGAGAGUCUGUGCCGGGAGCUGCAGCGACACAACCGCACGCUGAAGGAGGAGGGGGUGCAGAGGACGCGCCUGGAGGAGGAGAAGAGGAAGGAAGUGACCUCACACUUCCAGGUGACGCUGAACGACAUCCAGGCUCAGAUGGAGCAGCACAACGAGAGGAACGCCAGCCUGAGGCAGGAGAACACGGAGCUGGCAGAGAAACUGAAGAAGCUCUACGACCAGUACAAACUGAGAGAGGAGCACAUAGACAAAGUGGUGAAGCACAAGGACCUGCAGCAGCAGCUGGUGGACGCCAAGCUGCAGCAGGCCCAGGAGCUGCUGAAGGAGUCGGAGGAGCGCCACGACAGAGAGAAACACUUUCUGCUGAAAGAAGCGGUGGAGUCUCAGAGGAUGUGUGAGCUGAUGAAGCAGCAGGAAGUCCACCUCAAGCAGCAGCUGUCACUGUACACGGAGAAGUUUGAAGAGUUUCAGAGCACUUUGUCCAAGAGCAACGAGGUCUUCACCACGUUCAAACAGGAGAUGGAGAAGAUGACUAAAAAGAUCAAGAAGCUGGAGAAGGAGACGGCCAUGUACCGGUCCAGGUGGGAGAGCAGCAACAAGGCCCUGCUGGAGAUGGCAGAGGAGAAAUCGGUGCGUGACCGUGACUUCGAGGCUCUGCAGGGUAAAGUCCAGCGUCUGGAGAAGCUGCGUCGGGCUCUGAAGGUGGAGCGCAACGAGCUCAACAAGAAGGUGCAGAACCUCAGUUGUCCAGAAGGUGGCGCUGCAGGAGCCCCUCCCUCAACCCCAGGGAUGGACUCCCCCUCUCCCCCCCCCACGGACUCUCUCCCUGCCCCGGACGCCCCCCCCUGCUCCCACUCCUGCCACUGUGAGCCACACCUGGACACAGACUCUCUGCUGGAGGAAGCAAAGUCUCUGCCUGUCGCUGUGCACGAAUGAAGCAUCAAAACCCCCUACCAUAAGCCCCCCCCCCCCCCCCGCUUCCUCCUCUGCUGGAAGAAGCUGAAGUUAAACACUGGGUUAAACAGAUCAGAAAGCAAGCUUAACUUGUGUCCUCCCAGCAUGCACUGCAGGCUUUAGGACGGUGAUGAGAAAAUGCCUCAUCUGUCACAUAGCUCAAUUACUGUGAAGACCCCUCGUUAAGAUCACUGUUUAGUCAAAGCAUUCACACAACCUUAUUUCUCCCCAGAUCCAUGUAUUCGUCUCUUUAAUUCCCACAGGCAGGUUACAUUAGCUACAACAUGCCAUUAGCACUACACCAUGCUGCUGUGUGUGUAUGGGUCAUGGCUUCCAGUCCACCACCUUCAGUGAAUCAAAACAUCACUUCCAAUGUAAUCUGAAGGCUGCAGUAACAUCGUCUUAUCAAACUAUCAGUGUGCAUUUCAGUUGCUCCGACUCCCUCUGUGUUUGGCUGUACAACUACACAUUCCCUUUUUGACAACAGUGCUGCUUGAGAGGACGCAUGCUAAGUAGGAAUGUGACGAGAGGUCAUCUGUGUGUGUGUGUGUGUGUGUGGCCCCUCAGUCUCCUCUCUCAAUGUGUUUUGGAAGGUGUGUGAUUCAUAGCUUCUAAUUUCAUGUUUUUCUUCCAGUUCUUUACUUUAAUAUGAAGCUAAUAAUGUCUCUAGCCGAUCCAAAUUAUAACAGACAUAAUAUAGGAUUCUACAAAAUUAUUAACGGGCAUUUCAGUUAGUUUAAUUUCCCUUAUUUGACAAGUUUCCAGUUCUUGCUUGUCGACCAUUUGAGGGGAAAUGUUUUCUUGUUUGCAUCACACUUAUACAUUUCCACUGUGUUUGUUUGUGUGUUCUGUAUUUAUUGUUUAAUCAUUAUUAUUUAAAUGUAUGUAUCUUACAGAGCACCACUAAAAAAUAAACCUGUUUUUGUUAUUCAUUAAAUACGUGUUACUUGUA